AUUAUCGUUUUCAUUUCAUUACUUUUUUCCGCUACCAAGCCACAACACACGUCACGUUCGUCUUUUCGAAUAAUCAUCAAACAAAAGAAAUUUCGAAGAGAAUACGGAAAAAUAUGUCACUUAAAUUAGUACUUAACUCGUGUUCGUUUAUCCAAGCUCUGGUCGAUUUAAUUUCGCAUAAAAAUCGUAGUAAGUUGCACAUAUCUAGCAUCGCGAGUAGUUAGUUGAAAUGCAUUUCUUUCAUCGAAUAAUGAAUACAAUAUGUUGACCAUUUUUUGUCUCCGUUCCUAAGCAAAACACGCGGCUAUACAGAAUGAAUUAUUUGAGAAGGAUAUGCAGGUAGUUUCCUUGUUUUGGCCAAGAUCUCGACAUGAAAGUGAAAAUGAUUUCGUUACUAAGCCAGAAAUUGAAAAGCUCCGUUUCCGUUACCUUUAUAAAAAAUACUGGUUUAAUAUUUAUAAUCUGUUUCUCGUUCUUGAUGUGUGGAGCUACUCGAACUUAUAUUUCUUUUUUGAUGCCUGAAUUGAAGAAAAAUAAUGCCACGAUUCCAAUCGAUCAAGAAGAAGCUUCCUGGUUGAGUGCUUUAUCUUCUUUAAGCAAUCCCUUGGGAUUUUUGCUCGGAGGAUUCAUGAUGGAUUUCGUCGGCAGAAAAUGGUCAACUUCUUGUACUUUUCUACCUUUUAUCGCCGGCUGGGCGUUAAUUACGUGCGCCAACAAUUUAGUAGCUUUAUACAUCGGUACUUGUUUGCACGGAGUAGCUGCAGGAAUGACCAUGACAGCAGCGGCCUACAUAUCGGAAAUCUCAGUCUCCGAGUACCGAGGAUUCUUCUUAUCACUGCUCUCCGUAUCGUAUUGGUUUGGAGUGGUAAUGUGCAGCGUCAUAUACACUUACAAUAUCCUAGAAUGGCGUUACCUAGCCCUAUACUUCUUCAUAAUCUCGGUGCUGAUGUUCCUGUCAACUCAUAAAUUACCCGAGUCACCUUAUUGGUUAAUAAUUCAAGGUCGCAUCGAUGACGCUCGCGAAGUCCUCGAGGACACUCGCGAUAACCAGGACACCAUUAAAGAAGAGAUAUCAAAAAUCGAGGAAUCUAUCAACGGCAAAAAUCCGCUUCAGAAAACCAACCCUUGGAUAUCGUUACUCCGAGCUUGGAAACAAAUCGGAAUCCUUAUAAUACUCGCUAGUCUUCAUAAGAUAUCCGGUUUCACACCAAUUUCUCAAUAUACUCCGGAAUUUUUCGGACAGUUCAAAGGGCCAGUUUAUACAAAAAGAGCCGCGUUGAUAUACUCAAUCGUGUCUUUCCUCAGUACCGUAUUAGUGCCUUAUUUUACUCAUAAUUUUAAUCGAAGAUCGUUGCUAUUUGUUACUAGUCUCAUGGCAGGGCUUUUCAUGCUUUUUUCCUGGGUUUACGAAUUCUACCUGUCAUCAUUAUUAAACGAAAACACCAUAUGUAGAUGGAUUCCUCUAUUGGGCAUUUAUGGCUAUACCAUUUCUACCACAAUAGGCAUCACGUCGAUCGCCGUCAUUCUACCAGGAGAAAUCCUACCGACGGAGAUCAGCGGUAUAUCGAACGCUUUCCACAAUAUAUCCAGCAGUAUAAUCACUUCGCUGGUCAACAAAACCUAUUUCGCAAUGAGUAACAUGAUAGGUUUCCAAUCAGUAUUAGGAAUAUUCGCCGGUUGUUGCUUCCUCAUCGCUUUAUUAUCGGUGACUAUUUUACCCGAAACGCGCGGCAAAACGCUAAGGGAAAUUCAGGACACGUACUUUCCAAGACGAGAUUUGCAAAAAGAAUCUAAUACUGAAUCAAACGUUGAAAAGGUCUGAACAACCUAGCAAAGUGAAAGUAUUAUUUUCAAAACAGCACGAUACAUUUUGAAAAAAGGAUCAAAAUGCUGUUUCCAAAAGAGACUCAUAAGCCAUUGUGUUCUAUAAUUAAUAUUCGAAUUAUGACGAGUGAUAUGGGUAAACCUGUGUUAUUGACUAAUCGAUUUAUAAGCCAAUUUUUCAAGUUUAAAUGAAUUGUCCUGCUUCCCUUACCCCUCCUGUAAUUUUAUUAAGUGAUUUUAUUAUGAUGUAUUUCUUUGAAAAUCUGUGAUAUUUAUUCAUUAUAAGUUAAUGUUGAUUACCUAUUUAUUAUUAUGAUUCCUUUUUCUCGAACAUCCCUCAUUAUUCUUUUUUUAAGCAAAUUUUUCCAAAUGAAUGACUUAAGUAUUUUAUAGUAAUUGACAUUCUUUUGUUAAAUAUAAGGCAAUUUUUUUUAAAAUUGUAGGCUUUUAUGUAAUAUUUAUCGUAUCUCGUCAGAGAGUUAAUAUAAUGAAACAUUUUUAGUUAA